AUGACAUCAAACACAGUGGUAGAAGUGAAGAAGGAUAAGAUGGCACUUGCAGCCAUCUAUCAAGGAAUAACAGAAGACCUUAUACUAUCUUUGGCUGAGAAGAAAACAACAAAAGAAGCCUGGGAAGCGUUAAAAACAAUGUUUGUGGGAGCAAAAAGAGUAAAGAUUGCAAGAAUCCAAACGUUGAAAACUGAAUUUGAGGCAUUGAGUAUGAUGGAAUCGGAAGGUGUUGAUGAGUUUGUUGUGAAGGUGAUCAACACAGUGAGUACUUUGCGCACUCUAGGAGAUACCAUUGAAGAAUCCUAUAUGGUGAAGAAUCUGCUAAGGGUUGUGCCAUCUAAGUUUCUUCAAAUUUCCUCUACACUGGAGCAAUUUGGGGACUUAGAAACAAUGUCAGUCACGGAAGUGAUUGGAAGACGGAAGGCCCACAAAGAGAGGAUGAAAGUUCAUAGAGAGAAUGAUGAAAGAAAACUUCUCUUGACUCAUAAAGAAUGGUCAGAGAGGAACAAGAAGAAAACAGGGGGAGAAACCAAGCAAAAAUCGAUUAGAGGUGGUUUUGGAGGCUCACGUGGUCGGGGCAUAGGCAAAGGAAGAAAUGGUGGUCGUGGUAAAGGGGGUUCAUACCAUCAAAAGGAAGGGAAUCAUCAAGCAUCUAGUAGUCAAGACGAGUGGAAUCCAAUGUUAUAA